AUGACAUCUGCCGUUAAACUUACCGUUGAAGAUAUUAGCGAAACACGCCGGGCAACACCGUAUGACCAACUGGAAACGUGGAUCCAAAACCACAUGCCGGACGGAGGUCUCAGUCAGGAGGAAAUGAAUCAUAUAAGAAAGACCAAGAGCUUAAACGGACCGAUGCGGACCGAAUAUGGGACCUUCCCAAAUAAACUGAAACCUGAACUAAUGGUGGCUGCCGUGGAGGAGUUGCGUUUGAAGAACCCAGCAGUACCGGGUAGUGGCUUGGUUUCACUCUGUGCCCCAGUUGCACUUGACCGGCUACCUCGAACUCCAAAUGGUACUCCCAAUCUCGGUACAACCAGUCCUCAGACACCAUUUCUUUCUUUCGCUGGUAUGACACCAACUGAACUUGUAAAGUCCGGUUUCACAUUAAAACCAAAGGCAAAAGCCAACUGGGAUAAUGAAGGACUAUGCCCAUUCUGUUACCGUGGUUUCACAAUAUUUCGCAAAGCCUUUCCAUGUGUUCAGUGUCAUCGCGGCACUUGCAGCCGAUGUGCGACGGAAGUGGAGAAAUCGGUAUUCCUGUGCAAAGACUGUGUGGAUUUGGCACGGGUUUUGUGCAAAACUGGCGACUGGUUUGCCCAGUAUCUUGCGGAAAAACCGGCCACUGCUGUGAACCCCGGAGUUGAAGGUAGUAACAUGGACAACCGCCACCUACGCAAGUCACGCUUCAAAUUCGACGAAGUGGGGGAACCACUUCGCCCAAACCCGAUACUGCAUGAUUGCAAUGUCGUUGCUUACCAAAGAGCUCACCAGGAGCGGCUGAGCGAUCGACGCACUCAGUAUCGAUCUGACAGGGCCGUGGAUAGCCGAAGGGUAUCACCAAGCAAUGAAAAAAAGUUACUUGAUCGAAUGAAAGAAAAAAGAUACACAAUUGCUGGUGAAGAUGAAAGUCCUCGUAAAAACGAUCAUUCCAUGGCUAGGCCAGCGAGUCUAGGGCGAAGCAGAUCACAAGGGCAAAUUUGUGAUGAUCAAUACGAAGAGGCGAAAUCUGGCAAGAAAUCACACUUUAAAAGCAAGGUUUUGAAGCACUUAUUUAAGCACCACUCUCUGGAACACAUCAACGUGUAUGCCUAUCAGACUGAGAUGGAGAUUCAAGGAGAAGUUGAGUUUUCCAUGGAGUAUGAAGCAGCCGUUUCUAGGCUAGCUAUUACGGUAUACGAGGUCCGAAACCUGGCGACAGAUGACAAAAACGCAGGCAAAACUCAUCUAUACAUGAAAGUCUUUUUGCAGCCAUAUCUCGAAAGUUCCACCAUUAAGAGAAUCAGCUACAAGGGAAACGAUCAAUCACCACAGUUCAACCAAGUAGUGUGGUAUUCCGUGGCCCCAUCCGAGUUAGCACGUUACACAGUUAUCAUGGAAUUGUGGCAGAAGAGGAAGAAGAAGAACAAAAGAGGCAAGGUAGAAAUAUUUCUUGGGCAAGUUUCCAUGCCGCUAAAGGACUAUAAAUGGAAUGAUACAAGCCGCAAACGAAAGCAACUGACAAACAAGAGUGCAAUGGAAACUGACGAGGAACUCCCAACUUACGUGGGGGAAAUAAAAAUCGGUUUGAGGUUCGCUUUGUAUGACAACUCUCAAGUAAUGGCACGCAAAAAGAAUGGAGAUAUGAUGCUAGAUGGAGAUUUGGAAGUUCACAUCUUGGAAGCAAAGAAUCUCGUUUCGGAAUUCGUUGGAACAAAUGUCAACGCAUUUACUAGAGCUUCCUUAGUGUCGAAACACAAAGAGUUCGAAAGUUACACAACGGAGAGCAUACCCAAAACAAACAAUCCCAAAUGGAACACGGUUAUUCGCUUCAAGGAAGUAAUUCAACAGGAUUUGUUGAAUUUAGCGCUGGAAUUGUUGGUAAUGCACCGAAUCAUCGGGAGGAAGGGUGAUCAUGUUCUGGGCGGGAUACGUUUGUGUGUACCGUCAAAUGACCCGGAAAGUCAUCGUGAAUCUUGGAGGGAUUGCGCAAUAGAAGAAGCUUCCCUGUGGUCAGAAUGCAUCAGAAAACCGGACCAGCUGGUGUCCGCCACGCUCCCUUUGCACAAAAUAUUUCGCUAAUACCCAAGGAUAAACCGGUGGUGGAUCUUCUGGUCUAUUGCACAGACCACGUGGCAUUUUCCUGACUACUUCAAAGGCUGAAGUUUUUCCAUUCUAAAAGUUAAUUAAUCGUCAACACACUAUUCCAGAUUCAUUAAAUUUGAUGUAAAUCAGUCUACCAUGGUAAUAAUGUACCGAGGCUCACCUCAAACUCUUGGCCACUAAUGAAUACGCACUAAUAUUGACCUCUAUUUUUUGUGUACAUUAUGG